AUGGAAGGAUUAGACCAAGAGCAACAGUCACCUGUGUGUUGCGUCGUUGCUUGUCCGGAGAUUUGGGGAUGGGACUCGCCUGAGAGAAAAGCUUUGCAAGCAAUGAGAACACUAGAGGGAGAGCCAUGGCUUGAGAAAACUCACCUCAUUCAGUCCCUUUCAAAGGGUUCUGGACCUUCUGGUCCGUUGUCUGGUAGCAAUCCAUGCACGUUCAUUCCUGGACCAAGCCAUAGACGCUGCACCUUAGCUGAGAAUGAAGUGAGCUUUUCCAGCCAUAGUGGUCAUGCAUCAUGGUUCAUUUUGCGGCCGCUUCCGAUGUCAAUGAUACUCAACAAGCAAGAUAAAAGGUCUUGA